AUGGACUUCGUACAGAACCCAACAUACCUCCUAGCCCCCCAAUGGACCUUCCGCCCAGGCGGCCCCAUCGCCAUCGGCAACAUCAUCGUCGACCCCUUCAAACCGCACGUAGUCUGCAGCUACGCAGACCCCGGCAGUGGCAGCGCGUAUGCCACCGACACGGCGUGCGAGCGCAACUGGCGCAUGUCGCAAGAGACAGCCCGCCGCUUCGACGUCAGCAUGUGGAGCGUCUUCCUCGAGAAGAUCCAACUCAAGGUCGGCGCCAGCCGCAGUAACGUCAGGCACGGCGAAUACACCAUGGACGUGUUGGAGACGACGUACCUCCUGCGCCACCCCUCGCACGAGGAGAUCCACGAGCGGUGUAAUAGUCCCGCAGUGAAACCGUUUAUGAAUAUGGAGAGGAUUAAUGCGAAGCCGGUGUACAUGAUCACGGGGCUCAAGAUCGCCAAGGGGUUUGCUGUGAAGCAGAGCAGUAGCUCAGACAGGGCGGCACAUGCUCAGGUCGGGGUGGAAGUGUCGCCCGAGGUUAGUGUUGGGGCGCAAGUGAGUGGUUCAAAGGGCCAGAGAGAACAGCAUGGGUUCGAGGCGAUGCAGGAUAUCAUAUUCGGCUAUCAGUUAUUGAAGAUUGAGCCGAAGGGAUGGGGGAAGAGGAAGCAACUCCAUUAUGGCGAGUUUAUGAAACGUAAGAAGGGCGGCAUUAAAGACCCGGAGUCGGUUGACGGCGAAGCGAGCUUGCCGGCUGCAGGAGAGUUUCAAGAAAUGAGUACUGACAUCCAGUCUGUUACGCUCGAUGAUGGAGACGCGGGACAUGGGGUCAUUGUUUUCCAAGCUCCAGAUGAAGAGGACGCUUCGGAGUAA